AUGCCAUUCGCUGUCUUCGAGACUGUUCUCGGGGUGUUGGAGCGUGUUGCUGCUGCGGCCAUUAUCUGCUAUAGCGCCCAAUUCCUCAGUGUCAUUCUUGCCAUGAGUUUCAUUGUUAUUAGUAUUAUCCAGAGAUUCUACAUUAUAACCUCCAUGAUAAUUCGACGGCUUGAUAUUGAAACAAAGGCACCUCUAUAUGCGCUCCUCACAGAUAUAAGCAGCGGCUUGACUGCGGUUCGAGCCUUUGGUUGGCAAGAUGCACUUCUGAGCGGCGGUAUUGACUUGCAGGAUUUUUCUCAGAAGCCAUAUUAUCUUAUGAUGGCUAUUCAGCAAUGGCUUUCGCUGGUUAUUGGACUGUUUAUCGCUCUAAUUGCUAUAAUUCUAGUCUGGUUUGCUGUCGUCUACUCCAGCGUCACAAGCGGCGUGAGCAUGGGCCUCGCAAUGGUCAACUUGAUGAACUUCAACGGUAGUCUCUGGUUUCUGGUUAUUGCUUGGACUAAAAUGGAGACUUCUCUUGGGGCGGCGAACCAGAUUCGUACAUUUGCGAGAGAUACCCCAAACGAAGAUAAACGUAGGCAACAACGUUGCGAUCUGCCUACUGGCUGGCCACUCCGAGGAGAAAUCGCUAUUGAUAACAUCGCCUCGUCAUACAAGGCAAGGGAGCGCGCCAUCGUUCAAGAUAUUAGUCUCCACAUCAAAGCUGGACAGCGUGUAGGGAUCUGUGGAGGUACUGGAAGCGGAAAAACGUCGCUGCUAAUGACAAUACUCGGACUCCUAGAACAAAGCUCGGGCAGCAUCAAGAUUGAUCAUCUUGACUUGCAAAACAUUUCGCUUCUAGAUAUUCGCUCUCGACUGGCUAUCCUACCACAAGACGCAGUGCAAUUUCCUGGUUCCAUUCGAGACAAUCUGCAGCUGGACUGGCGAUACCAAGAUAAUGAGACAUGUUCGGUCGCUUCCGACGCGGAUAUGAGAGCCUCGUUGGACAAGGUUGGUCUCUGGCCUGGCACGUUAUUACACAAGUGGAGAACAAUAGCGGCCUUGACACCGACUUUGCAAGUUUAAAUCUCUCACACGGUCAGAGGCAAUUAUUUGCAAUCGCACGCACACUGCUUCGUAGAAGCCAAGUCAUACUCUUGGACGAGGCAACUAGUAGCAUCGACGAGGAUACAGACUUGCGUAUACAAAACGUCAUGCGUGAAGCCUUUAAAGGGUGUACCAUUCUAUCUGUGACCCAUCACCUAGAGAGCAUCGCCGAUUUCGAUACUGUAGUAGUUAUGGACAGGGG